AUGAAAAGAGGAGAUUUUGGCAUGGAAUUGAAUAAAAAGAUUUAUAUAGUACAGAAGGAUAAGGUGCAGUCAAGUAUCAACAAAGUGCAAACAGUGCCUAAUGCAGAAUGUCGGGGGCGUAUCAGUCAACUAAAAGACGAGCGGGUUUAUAUACAGAAGAAGACUUUUACAAAAUGGAUAAAUUCCUUCUUAGAGAAGGUGAAUAUGGAGGUGGACGACAUCUUCACAGACCUCGGGAACGGGAGAAAGUUGAUGAAAUUACUGGAGAUAAUCUCGGGCUCCAACCUCGGCAAACCAAACAGAGGAAACAUGAGAGUACAGAAAAUCGAGAACCUCAACAAAAGUUUAAUAUUCCUUAAAAGUAGAGGAGUGAGGUUAGAAAACAUAGGAGCUGAAGAUAUCUUAGAUCAAGACAAGACACUCAUUCUAGGUCUCAUAUGGACUAUCAUUCUCAGGUUCCAGAUUGAAGAAAUUGAAAUUAUCGUGGACGAAGAUAAUGAAGGUAGUGAAAAGAAAUCUGCCAAGGAUGCCUUGUUGCUAUGGUGUCAGAGGAAAACAGCUGGUUACCCUGGUGUUAAAAUUGAGAACUUCAGCACAAGUUGGAGAAGUGGUCUGGGUUUCAAUGCUCUUAUACAUGCACACAGGCCUGACCUGAUCCAGUAUGAUAUGUUGAACCCCAAUGACCAUUUAGACAACCUAAACAAUGCAUUCACUGUGGCUGAUGAGAAACUAGGCAUUCAUAGACUGUUAGAUGCUGAGGAUGUGGAUGUCCGAAGACCAGAUGAUAAAUCUAUUAUGACGUAUGUCUCUUCAUAUUAUCAUUACUUUGCCAAAAUGAAGAAAGAAGAAACUGGGGGUAAAAGAAUUGCCAAAGUUGUUGGAAAAAUUAUGGAUCUAGAUGGCGCUCAAACAGACUAUGAGACUCUGACGUCAGGUCUCUUAAGAUGGAUUCAGCAGAAACUUCAACUCAUAAGUAGCCGUAACUUCCCGAAUUCCCUCGAUGGAAUCCAAAAAGAGGUUGUCAAUUUUAAGACAUACAGAACAGUGGAGAAACCACCCAAGUACCAUGAGAAAGGCAAUUUAGAGGUUGCAUUCUUCAAUAUACAAGCCAAACUGAAAGCCAAUGGCAGAAGACAUUAUACACCCCCAGAGGGCAAACUGCUGCAUGACAUUGAGAACGCAUGGACAGUUCUCGAGAAGGAGGAACACAAGAGGGAGAUCGCUCUAAGAGAUGAGAUGAUCAGGCAAGAGAGGCUCGAACAGUUAGCAGAGAGAUUUGAGCGUAAGGCCAUGCUGCGUGACUCGUGGCUGACUGACAUGGCAGCUGUACUUGCCAAACAUAAAUGGGGAAACAGUACAGCUGAAGUGGAUGCAGCUGUGAAAAGACAUGAGGCUAUAAGUGCUGAGAUCCUCGCUAGGAGCGAUCGUUUCCAUGCAUUAGAGGUUAUGGCCAAUGAACUGAUCAAGGCAAAUUACCAUGAGAAACUGCCAGUGAGCAAAAGACAAAAGGAAAUAGAACAGAAAUGGCUGAACUUGCUUGAUGAGCUAGAUGUUAAGAAACAAGCUCUUGGAACUAUAGCUGAGCAGAUAGGGAUGUUCCGUGAAAUGGAGAGCAUUCUAGCUGAGAUGAAAGAAAUUGAGAGCAGUGUAAGGUCAGGUGACUAUGGCAAACAUCUUCUGGGAGUUGAGGACCUCCUUCACAAGCACAGCCUCGUAGAUUCCCAGAUUAAUUCUCAGAGAGACCGCAUAAUGAACUUAAAUAAACGUGCCAACACACAAACUCCCGGAACAAAAGACGCAGAUUUGUUACAAAAACGUCUGCAGCAUUUGAACCAAGAGUUUGCAGAUUUGGAUAAAUUGAGUAAGGAUCGCCAGAAGCAACUAGAAGAGUCGAAGAAAUUCUUCCAGUUUAUCCAAGACAGUGAGGAAGAGGAAUCAUGGGUACUUGAGAAACAGAGAGUCGCCAAAUCACAGUCCACCGGCAAAGAUCUCCUAGCUGUGCUAAGUCAACUGAAGAAACAUGAGGGUCUUGAAGCCGAAAUGCAAGCAAGGCAACCAAAAUCUGAGGCACUCUGUGUGAUUGGUCAAGAACUGAUACAAAAUGAACACUAUGCAAAACGUGAUAUAGGAUCGCGGAUUCGUAGCCUUCAAGACAAUUGGCUUAAGCUACAACAACUUGCAGCUGCACGACGAACCCGACUUGAAGAUGCGGCUGAAUCGCAACAAUACUAUACAGAUGCCAAUGAAGCCGAGUCAUGGAUGCGUGAGAAAAUGCCUUUGGUCUGUAGCGACGACUAUGGCAAAGACGAAGCAAGUGCUAAGUCAUUAGCCAUGCGGCAUAACCGACUAGAUGAGGAGAUCAACGCAUACGAAGAUGACAUCAACAGACUCAAUGAACUCUCUACAAUGAUGACUAAGGCAGGAACAAUGGCCUCUCCCGGAGCUAAAUUUAAGGCGUUUGAGUUCUCAGACCAAGAUCUUGAGGAACCAGCAGCGGAGGAAGAGCCAGAAGAAAUAGAAGUUGAGGAAGUUGUCGAGAGGGAGGUAUUACAGGAUGUCGUUGAAGAACGGAAAAUUCCCCAGGUUAAAUCUGCCUACCCUUACAAGGGCCAAGGACUGGAUAUACCAAAAGGAGAGGUCAUGAUCCUCGUUCACAAAACAAAUGCAGACUGGUGGCAGAUCAGACAAGCCUCGGGUCAAGAGGGCUUCAUUCCAGCCAAUUACGUGAAAGAAUACCAACCAAAGGUUGUGCGGAAGACAGUCCAGAAGCCUGUCAAGGUCAAAGAUGUCAUCAAGGUCAAGAAACCAAAUACAAAAGCUGGAACUGGCGAGAAAAGGAAAAAAGGAGGAAGUAUAAGGAGAACUCCAUCAAUUCGCUCGGAGAAAAACCUUCAUUUUGACAAAGAGAAUGUUGAGCAGAGGCAACAAGGCAUCAACGCCACCUAUACUAGAUUGUGUAAACUAGCUAAGGCAAGACAAAGAUACCUGGAUGACGCCGUCAAGUUAUUCCGAUUUUACCGAGAAUGUGAUCAGAUUGAAACCUGGAUGGCUGAUAAGGAACAAAUUCUGCUGAGUAAGGACAGCUUGUCUAGCAACAUUGAUGCUAUUAGACGGAAAUAUGAGAAUGUCAUCACUGACAUGGCUGCAAAUAAAGGCCGAAUUGAGGAAAUCAACAAAAUGGCCGAUGACUAUGUUAGAACUGGCCAUAGCAACCAAGAACCUGUUCGUAAAAGGCAAAAGGAAGUUAACGACAGCUUGUUCAGUGUGGAUGCCGUCAGGAAACGACAGAAAGAAAUCAAUGACAGGUGGGAUAAUUUACACAAAAUCAAACUGGACAAAGAGAAAAAUCUUGAAGGUGCAUCCAGCAUUGAAUUAUUCCAACAAACUUGUGACGAAGCAAAAGAUUGGAUUCUCGAGAAGCUUGGAGCGUUGAAUUCAGAUGACGUCGGGCGAGACAGGAAGUCAAACGAGGCUUUAAAACGUCAAUUACAAAAUUUUGAGAAGGAGCUUGGACCUCUACAGGAUAAGCUUGCUAAGCUGAAUUUACUUGCUGGAGCUGUCAAGUCUUCCUACCCUGAUGAGGCUGGCCAUGUUGACCAAAGACAAAGUAUAAUAGACGAGCUUUGGAAUAGUUUAGAGAACAAAUUAGCUGAUAGAAAGGACAAACUAGACAAAGCAGAGGGACAGUUUACCUUCAAUGAAAAAUGCUCAGAUAUGUUCUCUUGGUGCAAUGAUGUCAAGGCGAAGCUUAACAACCAAGAGACAGCUAAAGAUGUACCAGGGGCAGAGGAACUAUUAAAGGAUCAUGCUGACCUCAGAGAUGAGAUUGAAGCAACUAAACCUAAAUUCAACGAGCUUCAUCAGAUUGGACAACAAGUUUUACGUCAUACGCCAGACCAGCAGGAAGUUCGCCAGAAACUAAAGCGAUUGAACGAUGAACAGAUCCAAAUUGGCGAUCUUUGGGACAAAAGAAAUGGCCAAUUGCAGCAUGACCUAGAACAACAAGUGUUCAACAGAGAGGGUGACCAGAUAGACUCUGUCACAAUCAGCCAUGAAGCAUUCCUUGAGUUUGAUGAGCUUGGAAACAGUGUAGAUGAAGUUGAAGCAUUGUUCAAGAGACACGAGGACUUUGAACACAAGUUAAUAUCCCAAGAUGAUCGACUCAAAGGGUUCAACGAUAUGGCCGACAAGUUGAUCCAGGCCAACCACCCUGAGAAGAAAGGUAUAGACGCUCGUAGGAAACAAGUGCUGGAUCGCAGGGAAAAGGUCAAGGACAAGAGCAAAGAGAGACGCAAUAUGUUGCUAGCUUCCCAGGCUUUACAGGAGUUCAACAGAGACGCAGAGGAGCUGGAUUCAUGGAUGAAAGAGAAGUACGCCACAGCAGUGGACGAAUCUUACAGAGAUUUGACUAACUUGGAUAAGAAACGUAAGAAAUAUGAAGCAUUUGAAGCAGAACUGAAAGCCAAUGGGGAGCGACUAGAAGUCAUUAACCUGCUGGGAAAUGCCCUGAUAGAAGACAACCACUACGCCAAGCCGCACAUCAGCCAAACUCUGACCCGACUGAACCGUGAUUGGCAGAAUCUGUUCAAGAAAGCAGAGGACAAAGGUCAGAAGUUACGUCAGGCUCACGACCAAAGCAUCCUCAAUGACCUGCUGAAGGAGAACCAGGAUCGACUGGAUGCAAUGAGAAAGUUGGUGGGCUCUGAUGAUGUCGGGAAUGAUCUACGUAGCGUGAAGGAUCUGUUGAGGAAACAUCAGGGUCUUGAGAAUGAUAUGAAGAGCAACCAGGAAAGGAUCCAAGGCAUAGCUGAACAGGGUAAAGCUAUGGCUCAGGCUGGACAUUUUGAUGCAGAUAAGAUUCUUUCAGCAACCAAAGACUUCAAUGAACAGUUCAAUGAUUUGAAACCAGAGGUUGCAGCAAGACGCAAGAAGCUUGAAGAUUCCCUCAAAUGGCAUCAAUUUGACUUUGAUGGAGAUACAGAGCUACAAUGGAUCAAUGAACACAUGCCUGCUGCAACGUCUAAAGAUUAUGGGAACAGUCUCACAGAUACGCAGAAUCUACAUAAGUCCCAUAUGAAAUUUGAGAAAGAACUAGCUGGACAUAAACCUGUGAUAGAUAAAUGUCUCGCGACAGGAAACCAGCUAGUCCGUGCAAACCACUUUGCCUCUCAACCAAUCAAAGAAAAAUGCAAUGAAGUAAAGACUGCCUGGGAUAAACUUCUCGCAUGUUCUGCCGAUCGUAGAGCAAACCUAGAUCUUGCUCUACAAGGGAAGCAGUAUUUUGCUGAGGCAGCAGAAAUUGAAUCAUGGCUAAAUGAGAAGCAAAGAGGACUAGCUGGGACUGACUAUGGAAAAGAUGAGAAUGCAUCUGAUAAGCUGGUCACCAAACACAAGGCUCUAGAAGGAGACAUUGACACAUAUAACAACAUGCUCGGCAAUCUCCGAAAAAUGGGUCAAGAUGUCAUCAAAGCCGGCUAUACUCCUCCAGAAGCAAUCACAAAACGCCAAGAUGAGCUUGAAAAACAAAUGGCCAAACUCCAAAAGGCCGCAGCCCAGCGACGUAAAAAUCUCGACCACAAUAAAGGUCUUCAUGAAUACAUGCGUGAAAGCGAUGAACUGGAGGAAUGGAUAAAUGAACAAUAUCAAAUUGCAUCGAGUUCAGACUAUGGAACAGAUUACGAACAUUUGCAGAUAUUGCAAAAUAAAUUUGAUGAGUUUAAAUUGAAAGUUGAGGCUGGUGCUGAACGUUAUAAUCGCUGUGAAAAGAUGGCGCAAAACCUCAUAGAUGAGGGAAACCCAAAUAGUACAGAUAUUCAGGAAAGACAAGAUCAACUCAGGAAUUCCUGGAAGACUUUACUUGAUGAGAUUGGCAGUAAGGAUGUGAGACUCCAAGGUGCUGGUGAAAUUCAUCGUUUCAACAGAGAUGUCGAAGAAGCCAUGUCUCGUAUACAGGAGAAAUAUGCAGCUAUCCCAGAAGAGCUUGGACGUGACAUCACAGCCACACAGAAUUAUCUCCGUAAACAUGAGGGCUUUGAGAAUGAACUGGUUGCUCUGGAGGCACAGUUACAGAUCCUUGUAAAUGAUGCUGCAAGAUUGAGGGAAGAAUAUCCAGGAGACAAUGCUGAACAGAUUGCCCAACAACAAGCAAUUGUGGUUGAGAACUGGGGGAUCUUACAAGAACAGGCGGCUAACAGGAAGGAUAAUCUCCUAGCUGCCAUAGACUACCAUAGGUUCAUAGCUGCUGUUCGUGACUUGGUCAACUGGUGCACCGAGAUGCAAAUGGAGAUGACAACAGAUAAGCCAAUCAGAGAUGUGGCGGGAGUAGACCUGUGGAAGUCUCGCCACAACGAGCUUAAAGCAGAGAUUGAUGCCAGGGAAGACACAUUUGGAAGUGUCGUAGAGUCUGGAAAUAAGAUGAUUGCUCAGAAACACUAUGCAAGUGAUGAGAUUCAGGAAAAGAUUGACAAUGUAUUGGAAGAACGUGAGGGCCUUCAUGCAACAUGGCAAGAACGCAAGGCUCACUUAGACAGACUACAUGAACAACAGAGUUUCUACAGAGAUGCUAAUCAGUUAGAGAAUACAUGCACCUCUCAAGAGGCAUACCUCAAUAGCUCUGAUCUAGGAACUACAGUCGAUCAAGUAGAAAAGCUCCGCAAGAAGCAUGAAAACUUUGAGAAAGUUCUCGCAACUCAGAAAGAAAAACAACAAAAUCUCGUCGAUUUUGGAAACAGUUUAAUAGCAGAACAGCAUUUUGACUCACCCAAUAUUAGAAGUAAGCUUCAUUCAGUGACGCAGCGCCGUGAUAGGAUUCAUGCGCUAAGUGACGAGAGGAAAAGGAAACUGGACGAUAAUCUCUUAUAUGCACAGUUUAAUAGAGAUUGUACUGAGGCUGAGUCUUGGAUUGGAGACAAGCUGAAGACAGUCCAUGAUGACAACAUUGCUCAAGUAACAGACCUCUAUGAAAAGAUGAAAAAACUACAGAAACAUCAAACAUUUGAGGCUGAAGUAGUGGCCAACACUAACACCAUUAAAAAUAUAAAAGAGCGAGGUGAGAUGUUGCUCAAGAAAAGGCAUCACGCAUCUCCAGAGAUCCAGGAGCGACUCAAUAAGCUGCUAUCACAGUGGGAUGAGCUUCUUAAAGCUUUGGAUCAGCGCGGCAAGAUCCUGGAGGAGGCCAAAGACAUGCUGUUAUUUAAUGAAGAGGCUGAUAAGGUGGAAUCAUGGAUCAGAGAAAAGGAGCUACUGGUAAAUGCUGGAGAUCUAGGUAGAGAUUAUGAACAUUGCUUGGAGCUACAGAAGAAAGUCAAUGAUGUUGGUGCAGAUGCUGUCGUUGAUGAACAAACUGUACGCGGUAUCAACCAAUUAGGAGAUCGCCUGAUCCACCAGGGCCGCUCAGAGACAAAAGAUAUCCAGAAGAAAAAAGAUGGCGUCAACCAGAAUUGGAAUGCUCUACAAGGAUCCCUAAAUAACUACAAAGUCCAACUAGAGGGGGCGCUAGAUAUUCAUGCAUUCAAUCGCGAUGCUGAUGAUAUCAAUGAAAGAAUCAAUGAAAAGGCCCUUUUGCUGUCCAUAGAGGAUUAUGGAAAAGAUCUGACUGCUGUGGAGUCUUUACAGAGAAAGCAAAUAGAGAUACAGAGAGACAUGACAGUCAUAAACAGUCAAAUAAAGAAAUUGGAAGAGCUUGGUCACCAGCUAUCAAAGAAGUAUCCAGACAAUGUGCAGGUGAUACACAAUAAACAACAAGAGGUUAUGGACAACUGGGAGAGGCUAGAAGAUCUAUCUGAUGCCAGAGAAUUACGACUUAAAGCUUCUCAUCAGCUACAGAAAUUCCUGUUUGAUGCAAGGGAAUUGUGUGACUGGUGUGAAAAAAUGAUCAACCACAUGACAAUGGGAGAACUUCCCACCACAAUCUCAGAAGCUGAAAACAUGCUAGAGGAACACCAAGAGCGUAAAGCUGAAAUUGACGGACGAUCCUCAAACUUCCGAUUGCUCAAAGAAACUGGGAUGAAUCUGAUUAAUAAGAAUCAUUACGCUUCGGAGGAAAUCCAAGCAAUGCUGGGUAAUCUUGACGAGAUGCAGUUUGCCGUCAACGAGGCGUGGGAAGACAGAAAGAAUAUGUUGACGCAGGGACGAGAUCUACAAGUGUUUAUUGAGUAUGCUAAACAGGCUGAUGUGUGGCUUGCUAGUAAGGAGGCCUUUUUGGCCAAUGAAGAUCUCGGGAACUCGCUAUCAUCCGUAGAUGCUUUAUUACGCAAACAUGACAACUUUGAAAAGACACUCAAUGCUCAGAGUGAGAAAAUAGACACUUUGGAACAAUAUGCUAAAGACUUGUUAGUUCAAGAUCAUUAUGCGUCAGAGGAGAUUCAAUCAGGUUGUGAAGCUGUUAUUGAACGACGCAAUAAUUUAGUAUCUGCGUCAAAACUGAGACGAGAAAAAUUGGAGGAUUCGCAGAAAUAUCAAAACUUCUUGAGAGAUUUGUAUGAUGUGACCGGAUGGAUUGGAGAGAAAAGUCAGGUUGCGAUGGAUGAAUCCUGGAGGGAUCCCACUAAUCUUCAGGGCAAAAUACAGAAACACCAAGCAUUUGAAGCAGAAGUGAUGGCCAAUAAGAAACGUGUUGAUGCAGUGAAUAAGGAGGGUGAAGACCUCAUUAAGGCCAAUCACUACUCUGCCCACAACAUUAAGGAAGCCCUAGAAGAUCUGGAUGAAGUCUGGAAGAGACUACAAGCAGCAAAUGUGGAGAAGAGAGACAAACUCCAAGAUGCAUAUCAAGCAUCCCAGUUUAAUCACCAAGUAGAUGACAUGGAACACUGGAUGGAUGACGUCGAGGGUCAGCUGACAUCAGAAGACCAUGGCAAAGACAUCACCAGUGUCAACAAUCUAUUGAAAAAGUUACAGCUCUUAGACCAAGACAUCGCCAAUCAUGAAGAUAAGAUGAAAGAUAUAAACGAAACUUCAAAGAAAUUUAUGGCAAAGAACCAUUUCUUGAAGGAAGACUUAAAACACAGAGCACAGACAACCAAUGCAAGAUACCAAUCUUUAGCCGAGCCCUGUCAAAUCAGACGCGAUAAUUUGGAUGAUGCGCUACUUAUGUAUCAGUUUAACCGUGACGUACAAGAUGAAAUUUCAUGGAUUCAGGAGAAACAACCAAUAGCAGCCUCAACAGACCUCGGAACAAGCUUAUUGGCUGUUCAGAAUCUGCAGAAAAAACACCAAGCCUUGGAGUCUGAGAUAGUAGCCCAUGAGCCUCUUAUUGAGUCUGUCGCCAACACUGCCCAUCAUAUGAUAGAGACGAAACAUUACGCUGCAGACAAUGUACGACAGAAACUCGAAAAUCUACAAAGUCAAGUUGAACAGUUAAAGGAAUUAGCCGCUCAGAGACGAUUAAAACUUCUCGACGCAGUUGAAUCACAGAAGUUCUAUGCUGAGGUGACUGAAGCUGAGGUUUGGAUAAAGGAACGGUUGCCAUUGGUCACCAACCCAGACCUUGGAAAAGAUGAAGAUUCAGUACAGGCACAUCUGAAGAAACUGGAUGCCCUUGAGUUAGACAUUGAUAACUACAAUAACAGUGUUGGUGAACUGGCUGCUCUCAGUAGGGGACUCAUAGAGAGAGGACACUUUGAUAGCCCUAAUAUUGAACAAAAACAGGCAAGCAUUGAGACCAAAUACAGAGAGCUUCAGAGUCAUGCACACACUAGACGGGAGCGUCUUAUUGAGAACAAACAGUUGUUUGACUACAUGCGAGAAGCUGACGAUGUCGCACAAUGGAUACGAGAGCGUGAAGCUGUGGCUGCCUCUGAGGAUUAUGGGAAAGAUUUGGAACACGUCGAGGUGCUAAUACAAAAGUUUGAUGAUUUCAUCCGUGACUUAAACGCAAACGAGGAUCGCAUCACAAAUAUCAACAAUAUGGCUCAUAGUUUGACAACUGAGCGUCACAGUGAAUCAAGAUCAAUCCAAAGACGUUGUGAUGAGAUUAAUAAAAUGUGGGUAGAGCUUAAGGAACUGUCACUAAGCAGACAGGAGGCUCUAGCAGGUGCUAAACAGGUGCAUACAUUUGACCGUGAUGCAGAUGACGCUAUUGACUGGGUACUAGAGAAAGAUGGCUGGAUGUCUUCAGAGGACUAUGGCCAUGAUCUAGAGAGUGUACAGACCCUUGUCUCACGUCAUCAUGGUGCAGAGGGUGAUGUAGCUGCCAUUGGUGAGCAAGUCGGUACCAUCACCAAAGAGGCUAGCAGACUAUGUAACACAUUCCCUGAUGCCCAGGAGCACAUCAAGACAAAACAGGAGGACAUGAUAAGUGACUACCAACAGUUAACAGAGAAGACAGCCCAGAGGAACCUGAAGUUAAAGCAGGCUGAGCAGUUACAGAUGUACUUCAAUGAUUAUAGGGAUCUAAUAGCCUGGUGUAAUGAAAUGAUGGCUCUAAUCACUACUGACAACUUAGCUCAAGAUGUCCCAGGAGCUGAGGCUCUGAUCACUAAAAACAAAGAACAUAAAGCUGAAAUUGACGCACACAUGGAUGCAUUCUCAAGAUUCACUGAGACUGGCAAGAAAUUGAUUGCCAACAAACACUUUUUAUCCGAUGAGAUUCAAGAAAAGGUUGAGAGUCUAGAUCGUGCCAAGGUGAACCUUUUGAAGACAUGGCAACAGCGCAGAGACCUCUAUGAGCAGAACCUAGAUGCACAGAUCCUGUUGCGAGAAAUGGAGCAAUUAGAAGCCUGGAUGAACAGUAGAGAAGGAAUCCUAAAUGACAAAAACUAUGGCAACUCCAUUGCUCAAGUAGAAGAGAUGAUAAAAAGACACACUGAUUUUGAAAAAACAGUGGCAGCUCAGGAUGAUCGAUUUAAUGCUCUGAAACGCCUUACUCUGUUGGAAGAAGCAUUUGAAGACCAGAGACGGCAAGAAGAGCGUGCCAAACAAGAAGAAGCUGAGAAGAGAGACAGGGAACGUCUUGAGGCAAUCAGGAAGAAAGAACAAGAUAGGAUUAUGCAGGAACGUCGUAAAGAAGAUCAGAAAAAUAGGGAAAGACGACGUAAGACUCAAGAGAUAGUACUACCAGAAUCCUUGAAAGAAAAACAUGUGGACAUCAGUAUGGAUGAAAAUAAGGAAUCAGCUACCAAGCCCACAAGAGAAGCGCCACCUGUACCAAUGGAUCGCAACCUGAGUCAUGAUGAAGUCGGGAAAUUGGUGAAGUCCCCCGCUGCUCCCGUUGGCAUUAGCCCAGUAAAACGAACCACCAGUAAGGGUGCUGCUGAUGACAAUGAACAAACAGAAGAUGCAAAAGCCCCCAUUAAACCAAUUAACAUAGACAUUAGUGAGACACAAAAAGACUCAGUGCCUCCUCCUAUAGUGAUAUCCCCAUCAUUAGUUCCAACCAAUGCCUCUGCCCCUACAUCCCCAGUGCAUGUAAAAGCAGUGGACACUUUAAAAACAAAAGAUAAACCGAAACGAACGCCAAGUUUCACAACGAGGAAAAAGACACACAGUUUCAAGGAAAAAUAUAAGAUGACUGGGGAACUGCCACCAUCUGAGAUGGAGGGAAUGUUGGAAAGAAAACAAGAACUGCAGAUUGGUGGGAAGAAGGCGACCAUCAGAUCUUGGAAGAACUAUUACACUGUAUUAUGCGGGCAUAUGCUAUGUUUCUAUAAAGACAGGCACGGUUUCAUUGAACAAAAUGCUGCCUCCGCCCCAUUGACAUUACACCAUGCUACAUGCGAAAUAGCAACCGAUUAUACAAAGAAAAAGAAUGUCUUGAGAUUACGAUUAUCGGAUAAUUCUGAAUAUCUAUUUAUGGCAAAUACCCAGAAUGCAAUGGUGGAAUGGUUGACUAAAAUCGGUUUUUAUGCAGAUUGGAAACGAAAGGAAGGACAGCCUGGGGAUUUAUCAUCAUCAAGCCCCACCCGCAAAUCAGGCCCUGGGGGGUCAGGUGAGGGUGAGGGGAUUGCCCCAGGGGGUGAGAAAUCCUCUGUUGGGGAAUCCCCAGGGGUUGUCUCACAAUCUGAGAUUGGGUUGCCACCUGCUGAACAGCUCUCCAGGUUUGACCCAGAGAGGGCACCACAUGUAGAUGUCCCAAGCCCAGGAAGUAGUCGGAGGAGUUAUGGUGAUAGCACUAGUCCAUCAUCAGAGAAACGAUUUGGCGGUAGCCCCAGGGUCCCUGUACAGCCCUCUAGGGGCCCCCCUAGCCCUGCUUCCAGUCAUAGCUCAGUAGAUCAUGACACUAAACGGCAUUCUGCAGGGGGCCUUCCUAUUGAGCGCCCUCUCCACCCAGAUCAGCGUCCACAAGCCACUCCCGUCAGGCCACCACCAACCAACAAUAACCAAAAGGCUGACGUCACUGACCUGAACGGCAGUACCUCUCCACCUCCAAUACCAGAGAGCACUUUACCUCCUUCACUGGAGAGCAGGCAUGCCCACAACACCUCCAUUGACAGCACUCCUGACAGUCUUAGAUCAGAUGGAAGAAGGAGGUCUAACACUUCCCAGGGUUCCACAAGUACAGAUGCAUCUUCAGGCUUGUCACCACGAUCACCUGACCAGGCUCCUCCAAUCCCAUCCCAACCUCCACGCCGACACAGCUCUGGCCUGCCCCCCGGGCCGUCCAUCGCACAGUCCCACUCCAGUGGUACCAAUGGCCACGCUCCUGAUACCUCACCCUCAGAGGGUGUUCCACUACGCUCUGCCCCCUUACGACCAGAUUCCCAACCCCUGGGUGCACGUCACAGUGUGGCAACAGUGCCCUCUGGUGGUGCGUCAUACACACUACCUGGACAUGCAUCUGAUCAACAUAUCCAACAUAGUCGAUUCCGCAACGAGGGCCCCAACCAGCCCACUGCAACCUUACCCCCACGUACCCCCAGAGACUGGGGGUCAACAGAGGACAGUAGUAAAAAAGUGGAGAAAGAAAAGAAAGGAAAACGAUUUAGUAUAUUUAGCAAGAAGAAAAAGGACAAAGAAAAUAAAUGAUAUGGUAUACAUUGAUUGUAUACAUAAUAAGCCCUAAUAUGUGAUUUUUGUAAUUAUUUUUCUGGCAUUUAGGCCAGUCUGUGUAAAAUAAUCAUGCACCCUAAUAUGCGUAUAGCCUACACAGCAAUACUUGGUCGAAUAUGUCAAAUAUAUUAUGCAAAUAGUGGUAUUUUUCAAAUAAUUAUGUGCAAAAAAUAGUUAAGAUUGCAUACAAAUAUACAGGAUUGUGUUCAAAUGUGAUUAUUUUUUGUUAAUUUUUUAGUAUCUUUUUAUUCAGUGGUUUCAAAAGCAGAAAUAUAGAAUGUUUAAUUUAUAGUAAUAUUUGGUAACUGCCAGUCUGCCACCAAUUAAAAAAUUAUUAGAACAUCAUAAGUUUGUAUUCAAUUUUUAUUCACAUUUUAUUUUCUGUUUUUUCAUGGUUUUACACUUAGACGAUUAUGUUUUUUACCAUGACAUUGUAUUCUGCAGAAUUUGCCUUAAAGUGUUGGUUUCAGAAAAUUCAACAAUUUUGUGUUGAUUCCAUUAGGCUAUUGUACUCACAGACGUUUAACAAACAGCCUGAUUUUCUAGUAUCUCUUUAUAAUUGAAUUUAGAGUGUUAGUAAGUUUACAGCAUGUCUUCCUAAUUUAAAAAUGGUAUAACUCUUUUUCCAUUUUGAAUUAUUUAUGCAUAUUAUUGAAAGGUCAGUUGAAAUAAGAAUAUAACUUAAUUUUGUUCACUUUGUUCUUAUGUUUUUUCACAUUGUUUUUCAGAUUGUUUUUUAACUAUAUUUUUUCAUUUCAAGAUGAGACAACAAAAGUUUUCUUCCAAGAUACUGUACUUCAAUCUAGAUUAUCAGAGAAAUCUAAAUUUAUGAAUGUUUUUAUUUUUGCAUUAUAUAAUAUAUUGCAAUUGUUAUGAUAUAUAUAGUGUAUUAUAUACAUAUGUCAUAUAGGCUUAUACCAUAUAUUAUGAGGUAAAUACUUUAUAAAGUUUGUAAAAUUAUGUAGAGCUAUAAUAUAUAUUCUUUAUACGGCUUUCUUCACAUUUACUACAAGAUAGAAGGAUGGGCAAUAUUAAAUAAAUAAUACAUGUACAGUUACUUAAUAAUAAUAUAUAAAAUUAAUAAAAAUGUUGUUGUGUUCUUUCGAGUUCUCUUAAUGAGAGAGGAAUAUAGAUGGGAACUAUAUAUGGCUUUCUUACCCCAUUUGAAAGAAGUUGGAUUACAUGUUGGUGGCAAUCUGAGUACUGUUUUAGUGUCUUCUAUGAAAGCAGAUUGUUUACUCCAAAA